AUGGCAGAUAGAACACCAACCUCAUUCGAAGCAAGGCAAAAUUGUAUAAAUACCUUGCUCGAAAUCGAUAAAUCCCCAGUCAGGUCAACGUCUAGCAAUGUAAGCAUGCGCUCAAAUUCCUCCUUACCAAUUCCCCUGCCGGACACCAAGUCGAGGAAGAUGGCCCUGCACCACCUGGCUGCUACUGGGAUGGAACCGCGCCAUUUUGCGCUGGUUCCUGCCCACCGGGAUACACUGAAAGGAACCGCGGAAGCUGUGGAGACGGCGCGUGCUGCUGGACGGGGUACAAGUUCCUGUGCUGCAAGGAUUAAUUAG